GAACUCGGCUCUAGGACCUGGCGGAGGGCUCCAUUGAAGCACAUGGUCCCCACUCAUAAGACAACACUUCUCCUCGGUAAUUGCUCUGGAAUUGGUGUCAUUCCAGCCGGCGACUGAGACAGCAGCGGUUUGUGGAUGUCUAAAUGUUUUCAUCCCUCGCGCGCUGUUUCCACUCACUUUUUCGCGUCAUGCAGCUUCAGACCCGGACACCUCUGCAGGGGGAAAGUGCACGGAGCUGAAUCAGCUGUCGUUGGGAUUUCCUAAAAGGCACCCCUCAUUUACUCUAUCAGAUUUCAGGAAGUGGGUUUUUGUAUUUUGGUGGGGUGGCUCGUGCGCAUCAGCUGUUGGAGGACUGUUGGUUGUAUGAUGGUUGCGCUGCAGUGAAACACUUGGCCAGUCUCGUCCACACUUCAGCCGGGUGUCAUCAUGAAUCCCGAGAGCUGGAGUCUGAAGUUAGUUUUUUUGGCAGCACUUCAGGCUUUUUCUGUCACUGUGUUGGUAUGCGACAGCGUGCUUCCCCGAUCCACGGAAGGGAAUCAUGUGGGCACGAAUGUUCAACACAGACCAACAGCAAAGCAGAAACACUAUGGGACCACGGUACCUCUGCAGCGUGUUGAACGAGACUGGAAACCAAUUAGCCAGCUCAAACCCCAGAGUCACCCUGCAUCGCUGAAGCUCCUGAUUGAAGCGGAAGGUGAACAGCUGCUCUUGGCUCUGGAGAAAAACGAGGGCUUGUUUGCAAGUAACUAUACAGAAACCCAUUACCUGGAAGAUGGCAUGGAGGUCACUGGCUCUCACAACUUCACGGUAAACUGCUACUACCACGGCCAGGUGGAGGGUCAUGCCAACUCGGACGUCAGCCUCAGCACUUGUCGAGGCGUUAAGGGUUUCAUAUCUUUGGAAGGCAAGUCCUACGUACUGGAACCAUCUGCCGACCACUCUGAUGGGACUCACUGGAUCUACUCAACUGAACACCUCAGUAUUACUCCUGGCACCUGCGGCCAUGAUUUCAACAUCUCCUCUCCUAUCGAACACACAGACAGGAGUCCGUUCACAGCUUUCAGGACGAGGCACAAACGCCAUGUCCAGACUACGACCAAGUACGUGGAGCUGAUCAUCGUGGCUGACAACAGAGAGUUUCAGAAGCAAGGCAAGGACAUGGAGAAGGUGAAGCAGCGGCUGGCCGAGAUCGCCAAUUACGUGGACAAGUUUUACAGAGCUCUGAAUAUCCGUGUGGCCCUGGUAGGCCUGGAGGUGUGGAGUGAUGUCGACAAGUGUCCCGUCACGCAGGACCCCUUCACCACCCUGCAUGAGUUCCUCGACUGGAGGAAGGUCAAGUUGCUACCUCAGAAACCGCACGACAACGCCCAGCUGAUCAGUGGGGUCUACUUCCAGGGCACCACCAUUGGUAUGGCGCCCAUCAUGAGUAUGUGCACAGCCGAGCAGUCAGGGGGGAUUGUUAUGGACCAUUCGGAUAACCCCCUUGGCGCUGCAGUGACUCUGGCCCACGAGCUCGGACACAACUUUGGAAUGAACCACGACACGCCAGAGAGGGGGUGCGGCUGCAGGGUGACAGUGGAUCGAGGAGGCUGCAUUAUGACUCCCUCCACCGGGUAUCCUUUCCCAACUGUGUUCAGUAGCUGCAGCAAGAAGGACCUGACAGCCAGUUUUGAAAAAGGCGUCGGGAUGUGUCUGUUCAACAUGCCCGAGGUCAAAGUGCUCUACGGUGGACAGAAAUGUGGCAACGGCUACGUGGAGGAGGGAGAGGAGUGUGACUGUGGGGAGCUUGAGGAAUGUAUGAAUCCCUGCUGCAAUGCAACUACCUGCACCCUGAAGGGAGAUGCUGUUUGUGCACACGGACAAUGCUGCCAAGAUUGUCAGCUGAAGCCAGCAGGAACUCCAUGCCGUGAAUCCAGUAACUCCUGCGAUCUACCUGAAUUCUGCACCGGUACCAGCCCCAGCUGCCCCUCCAACGUCUACCUACAUGACGGCCAUGCCUGCCACAGCGUAGACGGCUACUGUUACAACGGCAUCUGCCAAACUCAUGAGCAGCAAUGUAUCACACUAUGGGGUCAAGGUGCAAAGCCGGCUCCAGGAAUCUGCUUUGAAAGGGUCAACUCAGCAGGAGACCCCUAUGGCAACUGCGGCAAGGACUCCAAAGGCUCCUUCGCCAAAUGUGACGCACAAGAUGCUAAAUGUGGUAAAAUCCAGUGCCAAGGAGGAGCUAACCGUCCAGUAAUUGGUACCAACGCUGUUUCCAUAGAAACAAACAUCCCUUUGCAGGAAGGAGGGAGGAUUCUGUGCAGAGGAACACACGUCUACCUGGGCGAUGACAUGCCCGACCCCGGCCUGGUGCUGACGGGGACCAAGUGUGGAGAUGGAAUGAUGUGUCUGAACCGUCAAUGCCAGAACGUCAGUGUUUUCGGGGUGCACGAGUGUUCGGCAAAGUGCAGCCGUCGAGGGGUGUGCAACAACAACAAGAACUGUCACUGUGAGGCUCACUGGGCGCCACCCUUCUGCGACACGGCAGGGUUUGGAGGAAGCAUGGACAGCGGACCCAUUAGAUUAGCAGACAACAGAAAUCUGACUGUGGGCAUCCUGGUUGCUCUCCUCACUGUCCUUGGAGCUGCUCUGAUCAUCUGCAUCAAGAGAAAAACCCUCCUUGGCCUGAUUUCCACCAAUAAAAAGAACCAGAUAGAGAAACUGAGAUCAGUGAGUGCUGCAAUCAGCGGACCCUCCCCUCCCAACCAGCGUCCGUCGGUGAACACAGCGUCUCCGUCUCGGCCGGCCCCGCCUGUCCCCCACAGCGCCACCAUCUUCAAGCCUUCCCACCGGGGGCCCGAGGCAGUGCUCCCACCAGUCCCCUACCCCUCCCACCACAGCCUUCACAGACUGCCCCAGUGCCCUCCGGUUCACCUCAGCCACCCUGUCCCUUUGUCUCUCACCCUGUCCCUCUCCCCUGGCCCCAUGCAGCUAAGGCCUCCCGUACCUCCACCUCACAUCCACAUCGCAGCCCGCGGGACGCCGUUUCGCAGCGCGUUACGCCAUAACUCCUGCAGGAUGGUCAUGGAGUUGGAGAAGCCAAGUCCUCCUCAGAAACCCCUCCCAGCUGAUCCAAGGAGCUCUCGUCUGGUUCGUAAUCCCUCUGUUCUGCAAGGGCCUGCUGCUGUUUGUGGCCCUGCGUCACUGCCCAGUGUACCCCGACCUAUGCGUCCUCUCCCACGUCCAAACAGACCCAGUCCCAAGCAGCCUCCAACACUACCAAAGCCUUGCAUAAUCGCCAACGUCAAAUACAGCAGCUGAGACUUUGGCCUGAGGGGGACAUUGUUGUGAUGAGAGACUUAAAAAAAAUGAUUUUGCACUAUGAAAACUCUGAAAACCUUAAAAAUUGGCGGCUUCUCUGAGAAUCAGGAGAUCUGCCGUGUCCCUUUUUGGUGCUCUGUCUCAAAACGGUGCUACGAGUCUGAGCUCAGGUACAUGUAAAGUAUUUAUAUUCUGUAUUUAUUGCCACGCAGUGCACUGUGCCAGACACUUUUACUACACGGUAGCAAAAUAGAAUUUUAAAUUUGUGUUUUGACUCAUUUUUUUUUAAAUCAACUGAUGUUCACCGAGAUGAGUGCAAGGAGAUUUUUAUAAGUAGAAAAAAAGCAAAUCUGUGAAAUUGUGAUUGCAGGAAUGUUUCUGUGAAAUGUCUUUUAAUGAAGGGAACGCUUGUCAUUCUUUUUUGGUUUUGCUCUGUAAACUUCAGGAGGAGUUGAACAGAGUUUGUGCAAUGACUUCAAAGAACACCUCUCGUCUGUAUUUGGGAGCUUUCUUUUUCCUGAAGGUUAAUACUCUGGGUAGCAGCAGCUUUGAGCCAGUCUGAUAUGGCUUGAAACAACCACAGAAAACCACCUAGCUGCAGCUGUUCUCUCAAGUUUUCUACGAAAGGAAGAGACAGUUGAAGUUCAGCAGCCUGUUGCACCAGCUUUGUGUAAGUUGUGUCUUAAGUUAGGGUGUAAAGUUCACCCUAGACCAUACGUUGAAACUAGUUAGUUUGUAACUUAAGUUGUGUCAUUGUUUGGUUACACCACAGAGAUGUAAGGUUCAUCUUAACGAGUAGACCGUAACGUCCAAACUAAUCAAAACAUUGUCGCAGAUAUGACACUUACACUUGCAGCAGCCAAUCAGAGUAAAGCACCAAUUUUGAUGCAUUAUUAUCUUUCCUGUUUAAUCUUCUCGGAACUGACCAACAGCUGAAACAAACUAAAGUAAGGCGAUAAAUAUAGCCUAAAGCCUUAAUCCAGUGAUUUUCAACCACUGUGCCGUGGCACACCAGUGUGCCAUGACCAAUUGUCAGGUGUGCCGUGGGACAUUAUCAAAUUUCACUUAAUUAGUCCCAAAAAAUAUGAUUCAUAUACUAGAAAUAAUUUGCCAUGUAGUGUGUCUGUGCCUGCAGUGUGGUGACUGGCGGAGUAAUUAAAUACUUAUCAAUGUUCUGACCUGCGCUACCCACCCACUGAGUGGCAAUAAAGCACACUAAUGACCUUGUUAAUUUAAGACAAUAGAAUAAAUGAUGCCCACGAGAGACGUAUGUGACAAGACAUGGCUGUACAAAAGCGAUGGAUAAAUAUUCAAAAAGGAAAAAUGAAACUCCAAACUGGGCCCUGGACAAAAUUCUAACCUGGAUGAAGAGCGUAUUAUGGGUGGUGGACAAGGCAACUUUUAUGAGAAAAACUACAUUGGUGUCUGCGAGAGCUCUCAAAGCUAGCUACUUAGUAGCUGAACUCUUAGCCAAAUCAAAAAAGCCACACAUGAUUGCAGAGAUAGUAAUACUACCUGCAAAAGCCAUUGUAAACGAGAUGCUUUGCCCUGACACAGUUAAAGAAGUACCCUAAGUCCCUCUCUCAGAUCAAUAGAAUCAUAAAUUGAGAGACUAAAUGUGUCAUUUUGUAACAUUUUUGGUUGGUGGUGUGACUCUGGAUUUUCUUAAUGUAAGAAAUGUGCCAUGGCUCAAAAAAGGUUGAAAAACACUGCCUUAAUCUAUGGUGUGUGUAUAAUAACAGUGACAUUGAGUGGUAAAAUUAUCAAUUACAACAUAGGUUAAUACGCAGGAGCGCAAAUCUUGGUCAUCAUAUUUUCCAAAGGAUGUAAUUUCUCACGGAUAUAGCGUUGCCAACGUAAUAUAGCCGGGAGAACCCUCUGUAUCUCCUCAUCCUCUAAAUUAUCCCACCUUUCAAAAUGACGCGCCAUGGCAGCCAAUAUACUCUACGGAGGACUUUACACCUUCUAGGAGCCAAGUGUAAGAAUUACGUUGCAACUUAGGCUAAUGUUGGAACUAUCUCAGCUGGUGCAACGCCCAAAACGUUAGUAGAGUGUAAACUCCAUCCUAAAUGAGAAAUUACGUUCAAACUAGGCUACGUUUGAACUUACACCCAGUUGGUGCAACAGGCUGCAAGUGUCUCCAUUUAUAUUUUUUAAAAAAGGAACUGAAAAUUAUGCCUGAUUUUCAUUUAUUUAUAACAAGCCCUGAGAAGCUUACUUAGUGGUUGCGGGGUCCUGUGGUGUGAGCUGAGCGUGGAUCCAAAAUGAGGCAGAUCAAGGAAAUGCUCAUCCUGCAGAGAGCCUCUGAAAUAUUGCUCUGCUAAAGGUCAUGUGUGUUCUUAUUAUUUCCCUGUGUGCCUGUCUAUGCUGACGACUUUGGUGUGGAUAAGUCAUGAAAUUAAUGAAGACUGUCAAGGCGAUGACUGAACAGGCAUCAUGGAAGCACUCACUGUUCUAUAGAGUUAACGUGUGGAUUGGAAAAGGACAUAUGCACUUCGCAAAAAAAACUGUCUUGUAGUUAUUCAUUUUGUAGUUUUCUACCUUUUUAAUUUAGCUUUUGCGGACAUUUUUGAAGCCAUUCUUCAUGCCAUAUACAAACCCUGCAGAAAACAGAUGUCUUGUUUUUUAACUAUGUUUCAUUCAUCAGAGUGUAUGCAGACUUAUUGUUUGUCUGGAGUGCAAUGCAGCAUAUGUAUAUUCUCAUCAAAGCAACGUUUCCUUUAAGCACAGCUUUUGUUACGAAUACGUUGGCUGACUUUGUUACUUUUGAUACAGUUCUCUCUUUAUAAUACUGCACUAGUUGUACAUGCCUUGCCUUGUUUAUAUGCUUUUUUCAAUGCUCUCUGUGUGUCCAUGAACAAACAGGCGGUCACCUGACUGCACAUUUUGUCCAUUGUAUUUCUCAUAUGUUGUGUUACAGGUGAACACAAUUCCAUGGAGAAUGCUUUUUUAUAUAAUGAUUGUUUGAUACAUCAUAUGUAAAGAAAACACUUAAAAUGUCAGUGUUUAGUCAUCGUAUUUUGAACACUUCAGCAGUAUUAGUAAAACUGUUUUUCUAACACUGUCAA